UUCCAGUCACAUUAUUAAUUUUAUCAUUUACAGGGUGAAUUUAAACUUCUAAUAACGGAUUUCAAUAUUUGUAGAGGACCAAAGCGCGUUGAUUGCAACCAUUUCACUACAAAAAUAGAAAACGGAACUAAUCUCUUAAUGAGCCUUGACAUAAACAAGGAUUUUGUACCAAACAGGGGAAAAAUUGAAGCGAUGAUGAAUGAUAAACCUUUUAUAAGAUUGCAGAUGAAAAAACCAUGCGACCAUCUCUUUAUGAGACCGUUGUUUCAAGCUAUUCUUAACGUUGGUCCAAACUGUCUAGUUAAAAAAGGUAAAUAUAAUCUUAAUAUCGAUAUUCAAGAGGUGGCAACCAAAUACUACGGCGGCAUGUUUAUCUACGGGAAUCUAUCAUUUAAAUCUGUGUUUUAUAACGACGAGUGCAAUUUAUCGUGUACGGUUAUAGAAGUAAACUUUUCUCCUAAAAACAAUAAGACUAGCAAUUAAUUUUAAUUUAUUAAACUAUUUGUUUUAUUGUACAAAUUAAGUUAAUUAUAUUAAAUAUAUGCUGGAAAUAAUUUUUUUUGUUGGCUAUCGUUGUAAGUACUCUAACAUUAUCCUUAUAUCUUAAAACAAUAAUAGAACUUCCAAGCAGUAUGAUUCGUAUCUGGUAUCUUGUAUGUCGUGAUAGCCUGGACGUUAUCCGACCGCGACCGUGACGGCGCGGGUCCCAAACCUGGCAAGUACCAAUGUGAUUUUUCGUAGUCAUAUGUACUUUCUAACAGUAUUUAGACACCACUGAUAGACGGUGAAGGAAAACAUCGUGAGGAAACCUGGACUUAUAAUUUCGAAUUAUAAAUUUGAAAUCGCCAACCCGUCUUGAGCAAGCGUGGUGAUUAAUGCUUAAAACUUUCUCCAUGUGAGAAGAGGCCUUUGCUCAGCAGUGGGCUUUCGAUAGGCUGAUGAUGAUGAUGAUGAUGAUCUUGUAUGUAGAUAAGCAGCGUAUGUAGCGAUAAAAUGUGAUUGAAUUACAAAGUAACAAUGUAAGAACAUUUACGGAAAGUCUAUAAAUUAAAAUUAAUUUCUUGUUAUUUGAUUUUAAUGUAAAAUGUUAUUUUUGUUAUUGCUAAAGCGGAUAAAAGAUUUUAAAAUGCCCUACUUUUAAGAUUUUUUAUUCAUGACAAACCAUUAAUAUUCAAAGAGUAUCCAGAGCCGACACUGUGUAAGAGAAUUAAUUUUGUGUUAGUUUAUUCUUCUUACCAUCAUUUAUACAAGUAUCACGAAAAUAGACUUAUUAUUUUUUUUGUUCAAUAGUUAGUCUCUCUUUCCUGGUAGGGCCGUACUCUCCGAAAAUGUACACAAUGCUAAAUUAUGAGCUAA